AUGGUUCGCGCAGAUCAAGGCAUCCGAGGACGCUCGGCCCCACGUUCCAAGUCCAAGUCCAAGUCCUCAGUCACGGCUUUAAUACGAUCGAGAUCCAGCACAUCGGCACCCAACGCCCCUGCUGCUCCGCCAACUCAGAUCACAAAGGCAGCAAAGCGGGCGAUGAAGCGCGCUGAGCUCAUGUCCAAAGUCAACCCCUCCGCGCGCCCAUCUCUGCUCAAUCUUGAACCCGCCAAUGGCUCGCUCUCGAAAUCUUCGCUCAGAAGGCAGAAGAGGAAACAGAAGGAGCAGUUGGCCGGUAACCAGGCCGGCUUGAAGGAUCUCGCUGACGCCAUGGACGAGGUUGCUCAACGAGUGCAGAAAGAUGAAGAUGAGGGAGAGGAAGAGGUAAACAGCAUGGAGGACGACGACAAUGAUGAUGAUGAUGAUGAUGAUGAUGAUGAUGAUGAUGACGACGACAUGGUCGCACGAGCAUCAAGACAGCAAAAUAACGCAACUUCGGCAUACCCUCUGGUAGGAGCCCAAAAGACCAAGAAGGACGCCACUGUGACAGAAAAGGCAAGAAAAAAGGCUUUGACGCUGGAAAUGCAGCGUCAAAACUUGAUUCUCUCCGACCCGGCUUACACCAAGAACCCUUUCGCGGCACUCCGUCUUCACGCUCAAAACACUCUCGCUUUCGACAAGGGCAACGCAAAGCCAAAGCGCUGA